CCCCCCCCCUUGCGGCUUGAUAUACACGCGUAACGUGGGACACCAGCUUGAGUACACGUUGUACUCUUGUAUUUGAAGGGCUGACAGAAACCAACACUCCUUUCCAAGAAGCAUGACUUUUAUACUCAGCGAGAGCAUCGUUGCCGUAUCAAAUUUUGGAUCCCAUAGCACACUGAGACCUGCGAUCCCGGACGCGAUCGUUACAACGUAGAGUUCACAAGCACCAGCUGCUGCUACUUCUCCCAUCCCCCACAAACCUCAUAUACACUUUGAUGUGAUGCAGAGAAGCGCAUCAUGGAGCGGGACGCCUUCGAUCAAAGGCUCUACCGAGUCUAUGCGCAUGAUUCUGCUCACCUUCUCCCUGAUCGGACUGCAGUUCACAUGGGGCACUGAAAUGACAUACGGCACGCCGUACCUCCUCCAACUCGGUCUCACAAAGUCCAAGACAAGCCUCGUCUGGAUUGCAGGCCCCCUCUCGGGCCUGCUGAUGCAGCCUGUCGUCGGCGCAUACGCGGACAGGUCGACGUCGAAAUACGGCCGACGCAGACCUUACAUGGCCGUUGGCGCAGCCAUAACCGGACUCGGCCUGCUCCUCCUGGGAUGGACGAGCGAAGUGGUGGGGCUGUUCACGCCGGAGGGACAAGCUCACAAAGACAUCACCAUCGUUCUGGCGGUGUUGUGUAUAUAUGCCCUGGACUUCAGCGUCAACGCCGUACAAGCGUGCUGUCGCAGUCUCAUCGUCGAUACACUGCCCAUCUCUCAACAACAGGCUGGGAGCGCGUGGGCGAGUAGGCUCACGGCCGCAGGACAUCUGUUGGGGUACUUCAUCGGCACGUUUGACCUCGUGGGCAUUCUGCCCAACUGGGCGGGAGGCGACACCCAGUUCAAGAAGAUGUGCGUCAUUUCCGCAAUGGCACUUUGGAUAUGUACUGGUGUCACAUCUUGGGCUGUGUCGGAGCGAGUCAGAAUAGGGGGUGAAGAUGACGUGGUGGGUGUCAAGGAGGUUCUGUCCAAUUUGUGGUACAGGACGAUCCAUUUACCCAGACGAAUUCAAGGCAUCUGUAACGUUCAGUUCUGGGUGUGGAUUGGAUGGUUUCCCUUCCUUUUCUACUCUUCCACGUUCGUCGGAGAAAUCUACUACCGCUACGAUCGUCCUUCCACCACAACAAGCCCGACAGAUGAACACGAUGCACUGGGGAACAUCGGACGCCUGGGGAGCAUGGCACUCGUAAUCUUCUCCCUCAUCACGUUCGGCUCGUCGGUCCUGUUGCCCUACGUUGUUCGAUCUCCCGAGGAAGUGGACGAGAAGUUCACACCUCGUCCGCCCGCGUCUCUGGGCAGGACCGUCCAAACCAUUCUGUUCAAGGCCUACCAGUGGCAGCCCGAUUUGACGAGCGCGUGGAUGUAUUCGAACGUGAUCUUCGCCCUGAUCACGAUCACCGCCCCGUGGAUCCGCAGCCUUCACGCCGCUACCGCCCUGGUUGCGAGCUGCGGUGUACCUUGGGCCGUCUCGUGCUGGGCCCCGUUUGGUUUGCUGGGCAUCGAGAUCAACAAGGCCUCUCCUUCCCGCCAUGUCGAUGUCCGCGGAAGCAGUGCCCCCGGGUACACUGCCGUACGAGGAAGUGUGGACGAGGGAGACUUGGAUGAUGAUGUUGAGAUGAGUGAGCAGGGCCGAAGUGGGGUGCUGAGGCUCAACCAUCCCGACGAUCACGGUGCCCAUUCGAGUACCGGGGAGCUCGCGGGUAUCUACCUCGGCGUGUUGAAUGUUUACACGACGUUGCCGCAGUUUGUCGGGACAUUCAUCAGUUGGAUUGUCUUUUCGGUUCUGGAGCCGGGCAAGAACGACCAUACAGAAGACGAUCCGGAACACCAUCGGUGGUUGAACCUGAAGGACAAUGCGCCCAACGCGAUCGCGGUCUGCAUGUUUAUCGGAGCGUGUUGCUCUCUAGGGGCUGCCGAGUCAGCGAGGCGGUUGAGGAAACUGGAAUAGAACCCUAGUCCAUUGAUUGGCUGAUAUACCAGUAGAAUUGUAAUAUAUGUGUACAUGUCAUGAAAUAUAUAAC